CAUCAUCACCACCGGCCAUCACUGCUUCAUUGUACGGGCUGGCUGCUGCUGAUGCUGAGAUCGUAGCGGAGGAAGCGAUUUUUUUUUUCUUAAAAAAAGAAAAGAAAAAAGGAGCAUGCCAUGGACACGGUUUCACACAGAUUAGGAUGCAACAUAUGAUGAAAAUCAACUGCGAGCCCUUUUGUCUGAUAGGAGAAUGAGGAAGAGGAGGACCUGGAAACCGUGGGAGCGCCGUGGAAUGUUACUGUGAAGUCUCAAUGAAAGCAUUAGAAGAGCCUGUCUAGUAUUUGACUCAAUGGCCAAGAAAGGGCGAACAAAGGGUGAGAAGCCCGAAGCGCUCAUCUCUGCCCUGCAGGCAGCCAAUGAAGAUCUCAGGUCCAAGCUGACUGACAUUCAGAUAGAACUACACCAAGAAAAAUGCAAGGUGAGCAAGCUGGAGCGCGACAAGGUGCAGGAGGUGAAGCGGGUGCGAGAGCAAGAGCAGCACCGUCACACUGCCAUGUUAACAGAGCAGCGGGCAAAGUGGCACGAGGAAAAACAAAAGGAGCUCCAGGCUCUCAGGGAAAACCUGACCCGGCAGCAUGAGCAGGAGCUGGCACGCCACGCCAAGAUCAAAGACCAGGAGAACCAGAGGCUCAAAGCCGCACUGAGCGCCAUGCGUGACGGCAGCGGAGAGAAGGUGCGCACGGCACUGACCCUGGAAGCCAAGGAGGAAGCACGUCGCUUCUUUGACCAGGAGAGAGUGAAGCUUCUGCAGGAGAUAGCGGAGCUGAAGUCCGCAAAGAAACAGACCGACGAGGCGUUGAGCAACAUGAUCCAGGCCGACAAGAUGAAGGCUGGCGACCUGCGGGUGGAGCACCAGCAGCACCAGGAGCAAAUCUCCAAGAUCAAGUGGGACUGUGAGAGGGACAUACGCAGACUGGUGGACGAAAUCAAAUCUAAAGACCGCACCAUCUUCGCGCUGGAGAAGGAACUGGAGUCAACAUCAGGGUUCUUACAGAAGCUGCAGCUUCAGAAGGACGCGCUGGAUGAACAGCUGUUCCUUGUAAAGGAGGCUGAGUGCGGCUUGGGAAGCCCGAAAAGAGAGAUUCCAGGCAGAGCCGGAGACGGAGCAGAGCACUGUAGCAGCCCAGACCUGAGGAGAAACCAGAGGCGCAUUGCUGAACUCAACUCAACUAUACGCAAAUUGGAGGACCGCAACUCACUGCUGGUCGACGAGAGGAAUGAACUGCUGAAGCGAAUUCGAGAGACGGAGAAGCAGUGCAAGCCCCUGCUGGACAAGAACAAGCUGCUCAAUAAGAGGAAUGAUGAUUUGACCCAGACCAUCCAGAAGCUGGAGGAUAAACUCAAGAGCCUGGCCAAGGAGAACCUUGAGAUGAAGGACAAGAUCAGCUCCCAUCCUCCACUGAAGAAGCUCAAGUCUCUCAAUGACCUGGACCAAGCCCAUGAUGACCAGGAAAUAGCCUUUCUCAAGCUUCAAGUCCUGGAGCAACAAAGCAUGAUUGAUGAACUGACAAGAGACCGUGAAAAACUACUACGAAAGAAAAGGCAUAAAAGAAGUUCAAGGCCAAUAAAGAGGCACAUCGUAGUAGACACUUUCUUUGGGUAUGACGAAGAGUCCAUGGAUUCGGAGACGUCCUCAGUGGCCUCGUUCCGGAUGGACAGAACUCCUGCUACUCCCGAUGAAGACCUGGAUGAGGGUCUAGCCAAUGAGGAGUCAGAGCUGCGUUUCCGUCAGCUGACCAGGGAGUACCAGGCCUUACAACGAGCCUAUGCCCUGCUGCAGGAACAGAAAGGAGGCAUACUGGAUGCUGAAAUGGAGGCCAAGGCCCAAGAGCAGCUCCAUGCAGACGUUCUCAGGUAUAAAGCCAAAAUCGAGGACUUGGAGAAGGAACUGAACCAGAAGGGACAGGACUCCAAAUGGGUGGAGGAGAAGCAGCUCUUCUUACGGAGGAAUCAGGAGCUACUAGAGAAGGUGGAGAAGAUGGACUCAGAGUGCAGUCGGCUGCAGCAGGAGCUACAGGACUCCAAAGACCAGAACGAACUGUUAGAGUUUAGGAUACUGGAGCUAGAGGAGCGUGAGAGGAGAUCCCCCCCAUUCAACCACCUGAGGAUGCAUCCCUUUUCUGAGGGAGUCAGUGCUCUGCAGAUCUACUGUAUGAAGGAGGGGGUGAAGGAUGUGUGCAUACCAGAUCUCAUUAAACUUCUAGAUAUCCUGGGAGAUAAUGGGAACUUAAGAAACGAGGAGCAAGUGGCCAUUAUCCAGGCUAGCACUGUUUUGUCACUUGCAGAAAAGUGGAUUCAACAGAUCGAGGGGACAGAGGCAGCACUGCACCAGAAGAUGGUGGACCUGGAGAUAGAGAUGGAAAUGUUCUGUAAACAGAAAGGAUAUCUAGAAGAAGAGCUGGACUACAGGAAACAGGCCCUGGACCAGGCCUACUUGCAAAUCCAGGAGUUGGAAGCAACGUUAUACAACGCCCUGCAGCAGGACAAGGUCAUAAAGUACGGCGAGCCCCUGGAUGAGCUCCAGAGGGACGAGCUGCGGACGGCGGUUGAGAAGCUGAGGAGGCAGAUGCUGAGGAAGAGUCGAGAGUACGACUGCCAGAUCCUCCAGGAGAGGAUGGAGCUGCUGCACCAGGCGCACCAGAGAAUUCGUGACCUUGAAGACAAGACAGAAAUCCAGAGGAGGCAGAUUAAAGACUUGGAGGAAAAGGUGGUGUGUCAGCUUGGAGAUCUUGUUUGUGACUACAGUGUUAUUUAUUUUCCGGACAAGCGUGGAACAGUGUGUGUAGCAGUGACUGCUGUCAGUGUAAGGUGGAUGUGUCGUGGAUGUUCACACUUCAGAUUUUAUUCUUUCUUUCUUUUUUUUUUUUUUAAAUUGGGAUGGGGUUCUCAGGAUGCUGCCCAGGAUGAUUUUUUUUUUUUUUUUUUUUUUUCCAGCGGUGUUGGACAUUAAACAUCUCUCCAAACAAGAGUGCAACACACAGUUAGAAAGACUUGCAAUAGAUGCAGACACACACGCACGCACACACAUACAUACGGUUUACCGACACGCAUGCAUAUACAGAAGCAUGCAGAUGCAAUCACCCAAUUACACACACACACACACACACAGACAAACACAUACACACAUGCUUUGACAAAUCCAAACCAAAGCCUGGGAAAUGUUCUCUCUGCCAUGCAGGGUAAUAAUAUGUCAUACACCACCAUUUAGCCACAGUGGGAAUAUAAA